ACAACAAUGGGUCUUUUUUAGGGAAAGGCAGGGGCAGGAGACCACCUCAAACCCAACAGAAGAAGUAGACAAUUCUACUCAACCAACAAUCACAGACAUAGCUCAUCUUGACCAUUCUUAUGCUGGGGAAAGUAUUGCAGAAAAUUCAGCAGGACAAAACAAAUGCAGUAGUAAUAGCACCACUGUGGCCCACACAAGCGUGGUUUCCAACACUUCUGAAAAUGAUUUAUCUGCAACCUUACCUUCUGAACAACAAAAACAUCCUUACAAUGCCAACAGAUCCGAACAGACAACACAGGAUUCCAAAGCUGAAGAUGGGAUGUUUUCCGUUGUCCGGAAACUUCUUCAGGACAGAGGAAUAUCGGAAAACCUUGCCGUGGUCAUUUUCAACUCCUGGAGGAAAUCUUCUCAAAGACAAUACUGGAGUUAUAUCAAACGAUGGUUGCAAUUUUGUGAUUCAUGGAAAAUUGAUUCAUUUAAUCCAACUGUAAAUAAUUUUCUUUGUUUUUUACAAACUUUGUUUGACCAAAAAUUGUCAUAUAGUGCAAUCAAUACAGCAAGAUCUGCUGUCUCAUCAUUACUUUCACUGUGUGGUAAAGAAAAUUUUGGAUCUCAUACUCUAAUUAAAAGAUAUUUAAAAGGUGUUUUUGUCAAACGACCAACAUUACCAAAGUAUACCUGCACAUGGGAUGUGUCAAUAGUUAUAAAUUAUUUGAAAACAUUAUUUCCACUUUCAGAAUUGUCUUUGAAACUUCUGUCAUGUAAAACUCUCAUGUUAUUAGCUUUAUUGACUGGUCAAAGAGGUCAAACAUUACAUUUGUUAACUGUUGAUGAUGUAGUUGUAGGAAAUGAUCAUGUAGAAAUUAGAUAUAGUUCUUUGUUAAAAACUUCCAAACCAGGAAAGCAUGUAAAUAAUGUUAAGUUUCCAAUGUAUGUAGAAAAGGAACUGUGUAUUGUGAGGACACUAUGUGACUAUUUAGAAAGAACAAAAUUUAUAAGACAAGAUAAGAAAUUGUUUAUCAGUACUAUGAAACCUCAUAAGGGUGUUAGCAGAGAUACCAUAAGUAGAUGGAUACGUGAUACAAUGGAAAUGUCGGGGAUAGACAUAUCUAAGUUUUGCCCACAUUCAACACGGGCAGCUGCUACUAGUGCCGCUCAUAAAGCAGGAGUACCAAUAGACAUUAUCAUGGAGAAAGCUGGCUGGUCGAACGCUAGUACUUUUCGAAGGUUUUAUAACAAACCGAUACAGACAUCUGCACAGUUUAAUGAAAGUAUUUUAAAAAGUGUUACUUGA